GAGUUUGAGGUUCCUGAGGAACAUUCAUGUGGAGGUGCUAAAUGGGCAGCUAGAAAUUUGAGUCUGUAACUAAGGAGAGAGCUCUGAGUAUCAUUUAAACAUAGGAGAGACCUGAAAUUUCAGCAUUUGGUUGAAAUCAUUAAGGAAGAGAAUGUCUGGGACUGUGUGUAUAUGAGAAAUAAGAGGGCUUUGGAGAACACCUAAAUUUGGUGGGCAGGUGAGGAAAAGACAUAAAUGCCUGAGACCUGGAAGAAGAUGGAGCAAAAAUGUGAAAGAAGAAACCAAGAAGGCACAGGAGCAAGUUAGAAGAGAGUUCCGAGGGAGUGAAAAAUCAAUGAUGGCAUAUGAGUAGGCUAAAGAAAUAGCAGCUUUUGUCUUUGGCCAUUGGGAAGUCAUCAACAGCCUGGCAGUUAAAUAAAAUGGAAAAGGUGGGAGCCAGACCACAGAGACUGGACACUGAGGAGCCGAGGAGGGAAUGGGGACCCCAAAUGCACAGCUGUCUAUUAAGAAGGCUUGUGGAGAAGAGGAGAAAUAAAUGGGACCUUAAGAUGAGAGGCAGCAGGUCACAGGAAAUGUUUGUUUUGCAGGGGAAAGUUAGAAACAUUUUAAAACCAAAGAGAAGGGGUGUGUGGAUAGAUACAACUUGAAGUGAACAAGAUGGAGGGAUAAAGUGAUGGGGUCAAUUCCUGGAGGGUAAGGAAAGGGACUAAUUCAACAGAACUCACGGAAAGAGGAAGAUUCUUUUUCCUCAGACACAAGAAGGAAGGAAUUCAAGAUGGAGGGAGGCAUUCUGGGAAAUUCAGCCAGACUGGAGAGGAGCUGCAGGAGUUGAUGGCAGGCAGGCCAGAUGCUGAAAUAAUUAGGACCUUGAGAGUAGGGGGAAAUGUCUGAAACUGCGUAUAUAGAGAAGGCAAUGGAGUCAGCUAGGAAAGAAAGCAAAGAAUAAAAGGACUGCCCUGGAGGGCCCACCAAGGAAUUUCUCUGUCACAUGUAAAACUGUAAUAAUGACAUGUUGAAGCAUUAACACUGACUACUGCUGUCCACUUUAUUUCCCAUGUACAUCAAUCUUCUGAGUAGUUACAGGAAAAAAGUAAACUGCCUGUUCCAAACAGCUUACACAAACGAACUAAAGCACGAAGACAAACUCUCUUCUAAUGUUAACAAGUUAUAGAAUAUUAUUUAGUGUUGAAAACCAGGUUAUACUGAUUAUUUUCAAUCUGGUAGUUAACUUUAUUAUCAUUACACUUGGCUGAGUCACUCUUGGGCCCCACGAAGAGACGGCCAGAGUUACCACGUGAGAGUAAAACAUUGUAUCAAAAUAAUUACAUUGGCUACAAAAACUACCUCGGAAAGAUACUGAGUAGCAAAACCUAGCCAAGUUGCUAAAAUUUGACCGCAAGCUCCAAACUAUUGGCUAGGAAAAGCACGGAAGGACAGCCAUACCUGGGGCCCGUACAAAGCAGUCGAGCGUGCUAAGAAAGGCUAUCAGCAGGCCCACUCCUGCUAAGUGGGCGGACACCGGAAUCCUGCGGCAGGAUGACUCCAAGGCACAUCUAGGGGCGCCGUCUUCUGCCAGAGAAGGGCACACCCCAAGGUCUGGGAGCAUCGUUCUCAGAAAAAUACAAGCUCUUUGAUGGAGCCCCAUAAAGCCUCUCCCAACCCCUCCUACGUUCCCCAAGGGCAGGGCGGGACCAAGCCGCAGAGUUGGCGGGACACCGGGUCAAGUGACGCUCAAACUGCGGGCGUCUCCGGACCGCGUGCGGGCUGCGCCUGCGCGCACCUCCGGGCGGUGUUGGGGGCUAAAGGAGGGACUGGGCGCGCACGCGCUCCGUCUCCAGGCAACGAGAAAAACAGAGGCGCGCAGAGAGCGCCUGCGCGGCGAUCGUUGCGGUGGGGGGUCUGGUCUGGAAAACUAAGUCCUGGGGUUUUCCCUGAGCAGAAACCGUCCGCCAGAGCCUCAGGCUUCAGUCCAGUCCCUGAAUGGCUGGCCUCCAGUUGGCACCACCUCUGCCUGUGGGCGUUAUGCUUCCAUAUAAUAAAACAGAAGCUCCAGGGCUCCUCUCAGCUAAACAAAAGCCCUGUGAAAAAGGUGACUCUUCUCAGCGGUCCUCCAUGGGGCAUCUGAGGAACAAUUUCCAGCAGAAGCUUUUGAGCAACAAAGAGCUGACACUGGAUAAUCUCUACACUCACUCCAAGUGGAACACCUGCACAAAAGCCCAGAACUACUCCUAUCCCCACUGUGUUGGAAUCAGCCAGCAAGAUUCAAGAAGCAAUCCCCAGGGCCAAGCAAAGGGUUUGUUUCACUCAUCAAGUCCUCAGUCCCGGUAUUCCAAAGCAAAUAAUCAGGAAUUCAUCCCCUUCACAAAGAAGCGAGUUGGGGUAGACCGGGCAUACCCCCUGAAACCUGUGUUCCAUAGGAAAUCUCAUAGUACAGGUGAGGCUGGCAUUGAUGGGGACCAGAAUGUCUCUCCAAGACCCCCUGAACCAAGAGAGUUUCCAUACAGCAGUUUUGAUUCAAGGAACUGGGUGAAUUCAUCUGUGGUUCGUGCUGUUGUCGCCACACAGGAGGAGAGGGCCAUGGCAAACCCUAACAGGACUGAAUGGGUGCAGAUCCAAAGACUAGAAGCUGCAGGGGAGAGCUUACAGGAGGAAAUCCGAAGAAAAGAGACCCUUCUAAGGGAAAAGCUGAAGAAGACAGAGGAGGAACUCAGAAGGAUCCAGAAAGAAAAGGAACAGGCUAAGGAAAAUGAAAAAAGAGAGCUACAGAGAAUGACACUCCCCAGGAGGAGAGGUAAAGGUAAUAGCAACACCACAUACAAACCUACCUUCUCCCCAGAAUUUGGGUCUGAGGAGGUCUUCAGUAGAGACAGGGGGGAGGAUGAAACUUGGGGAUGGUCUCGAGAAAAUUCUAGUCCAUUUCAGCUCUCUGAUUAUGGAAUACAGAAGCUCAAAAGGGAAAGACUGGUGGCAAGCAAUAACAAAAUCCCAGACCUAGUCUCAGAGCCAUCAGAGGAGUGUCCUCAGUCUUCAGAGGGGCCUGGCCAUGCUUUAUGGGGAGCCACCAGCAAUCCUAGUUUGUCUAGGGUACCAGACUCCUCGGUUUCCAGCUGUUCCAUCGAAGAGCCCGAACUUGGUGAAUGUAGCCACUGUGGACGCAAGUUUCUGUUGCUCAGGCUGGAGAGACACUCCAACGUCUGCUGCAGGAUGCAGGGUUCCAAGAGGAAAGUGUUUGACUCCUCCAGGGCCCGGGCCAAGGGCACAGAACUCGAGCAGUACUUGAACUGGAAGGGACCAGCCUCAGUCAAGGCUGAACCUCCUCAGAAGAGCAACUGGAGACAGAAGCAUGAGUCUUUCAUCCGUACUCUCCGUCAGGCUCGAGAGGUCCAGCAGGUCAUUGCCAAAGGUGGAAACCCCUCAGACUUGCCUCCCAUCCUGCCUGCAGAAAAUCCAGAUUAUAUUCAGUGUCCUCACUGUAGCCGCCACUUUGCUCCCAAGGUGGCCGAGCGGCACGUUCCCAAGUGUAAGACCAUUAAGAACCGGCCUCCACCUCCAAGGAAGCAUUACAGUUGAGCGGACAACAGUGGAAGCCUCAGAAGGCUCUGCUUCUCUUCAGCAGUAAAUGGGAGUAGAAUAAUUUGAUGCAAAACAGAACUAAAACUUUUACAUCUCCCACAUCUGCCUGCAGAGCUUAAAUCAGUGAGGAGAGACCCAUUGCUAAGCAGCGGGAGGCAAAAGGAAGCCUCAGCUUCCCACGAAAUUACCGCCUCAGGCUGGUGUGCCUUGUUAUUGCCCUAAGAACUGAUGGGUGAAGACUCUCAGGAGUAGUGAGCAGCCUACAUUAAAGCUCUUUUCUCACUAGGCU